CAGUACAUUGAGACCAUUGAGAUGAGUGAGAUGCACAUCUGGAUGUACAUAAUCUGUAUCAGUUUUGGAGGGAAGAACAUGCAGUAAAUUGAAAUAUGGCAUCAGUUUGUAAAGGUUUUCGCUGUAGAGCAUGUGACCGGGAAAUUUGUGAUGAGACAUUUUCGUGCACAUUACGAAGAGGAGGGGCAUAUGUAUCAGGUGUUUUAGAUUGUGUGCAGAAAAGAGGGCAGGGAAAGAAACUUUCCCUCAUAUGUUCAUGUGGAGAAAAUGUUGGAGACUUUGUUGCUUACAAGAAGGACCUGAAAUAUUGUUUAGACCUGGGGAAAGUUAAAAGUUGCAGUGUUAGAAGUGCUAAUAAUUGUGAUGCUCAAAAUGUUCAGCUUCAGCAGCAGACUGGCCCAACACUGAGUAAGAAAGUAGAUGGUGCCAGUAACAAAUGUAAUAUUUCAACACUGUGUCGAGAAGAGGCUGAAAGAGGGAACGAAGUUGGGCAGUUGAAGCAAACAGUAGCUGCUUUGGAAGGAAAAGUGAGAUCUAUGGAAAAAGAUAAUGAAGAAAAACUAAAAGAUGUAUGUGGAAUGUUGCUUUCACAGAAACUGGAAAUUCAGCGGCUUCAAGAAAUUAUCUGGGCUCUGCAUCCUAAUGUCAAUUUGAAUUCCACUUUCAUAGUUAAUGACAAGGCGUCAUACUUCGAUCCUGGUGCAGACACAUCUCUUGGUGGUCUCAGUGUUGAAGAAGACUCAGCGCAAUGCUGAAAUUGAGAACUCCUCUGUAAAUGCUUUAUUGUUGUUAAUUAGGUACACUGUAGCAAGAAUAAAGAAUAAUUUUGCAUUCAGAA